CGGCGGUGCAGUCAUAUUAUCAACAAUUCUGUUCUUUGUUUGGAAAAGGCGUAUAUACGCUGUGGCAGCAUCAUCACGUAGUCAACACUUAGAAUUGACAGCAGAUACACUUUAGAUAAUAACUUUAGUGUCAAACACAUUUCUUGAAAAUUAUUGACAGCUUUUAUAUGAAGAAUGCCUAUCAAUCAUAAUCUUGUCAGCUGUCAAAUAAUUUCACUCUAUUAUCACAAAAUGGACCUUAUCGAAGUUUGUUUAUUGAGAUUAUGUCGCUGGCAUUCCUUCAAAUCACAUCUCGGCAACGUGCCAGAGGUAAAUGAAACGUCAUACGUCAAAAAAACACCUUGGCCGAGUUGGACAUAUGCAUAGUAUAAAUAUGCGACAAUAUUAAUACUUUUACAACAAAAACAACCAGUAGCUCUACUACAAAACUAAUUACAAUGAUUAACCCACGUAAUUUGUUAACAAGUCAUUCAAGACAUUCUUCAAGACUCGACGACCUCCUUGAUGACGAUCCAUUUGGAUGUAGCGUUGACUUCCCUUCACCACCACCACGUGACGAUGGCCCUCUCAGAAGACAACUCUCUAGAGGAAUCAGACAAUCGCUUCAAGUGAACACUCCGCCAAGUUUAACAUACAGCAGUAGUGAAGCUAGCGAAUCGAGAUCACCAUCACCAACUGGAUCAGCAUUUUCAUUAGGUGAAAGCACCUAUUCACUCAACGACCAUAGAGAUUAUCGCCCUAUGACACCACCACGUCUAUCAAGCCUGGAUUAUAACACUAGACCACAGAAGCAACAAAAACAACUCCUCAGCCCUGUAAAGCUUACAACUGAGACGAGAAGACCACAGAGUCCGACAAAGCAAAAGUUCGCUAGUGUCUCUAAAUCUCUUCUCACUUUCAUCUCUAUGUUUUAAUAUGCUAGCGAUAUAGUUUAUAGUAAUAUGUAAUGUAUUUUAUUUGUAUUUUAUAAUAAAUGGAUCAAAAAUCUCUACA